AUGGAGAAAAAUAGUAAUAUCCAUAAUGCCCUAGACACAGUAUCGUCUGAUACCAUUUCAAAUAGUGAUAACAAACAUCUUAGUGGUGAUGUUAUCAAAGAUGAAAAAGUUCAACAUAUAGUUUCAAUCACACAGGGUGAAAUUGGUGAUCCUAAUCCAAUUGCCACAAUAUUAUCUCCACAUGGCAAGGAAGUUGUUGUUACGGGUGAUGUAGAUGAUGCUAUGAGACUAGCUUUAGAAGCUGAGGAUUUACAGGUGACUCCAGAAGAAGAUCGGAAGUUGUUGAGGAAAAUUGACUUGUAUAUGUUUCCAUUGAUGUGUCUAUUAUACGCUAUUCAGUUUAUGGACAAAGUUACCAAUGGUACUGCCGCUAUCAUGGGUCUAAGGACAGAUUUGAAAAUGCAUGGUACAGAAUAUUCUUGGGUUGGAUCUGCCUUUUACUUUGGUUAUUUGGGUGGGUUAUUCGUCUUGCCACCACUACUACAAAAAUCACCUUGGUUUAUGAAAACUGUUUCUGUCGUUAUUUGUCUUUGGGGUAUGGUUUUAGCUUGUCAUGCUGCACCAUCUAUUAAUUAUCCUGGCUUUAUCUUUUUGAGGUGCUUACUAGGAUUCAUGGAAAGUGCUAUAACCCCAUCAUUUACUAUUAUAAUGUGUCAGUAUUGGAAAAAGGAAGAACAGUUCAGUAGAGUUUGCUUGUGGUUUGGUUGUAAUGGCUUGGGUACCAUUUUAAGUAGUUCCAUCUCAUACGGUUUGUAUAUUCAUAAAGAUUCCUAUAGCAUUAAAGCCUGGAAAGUUUUAUUUGUUGUUACAGGUAUGAUGACUAUUUUCACCUCGGUUUUAAUGUUUUUCCAUAUUCCAGAUAGCCCUGCUAAGGCCUGGUUCUUAAAUGAACGUGAAAAAUUGAUGGUUGUCAACAGAAUCAAAUCCAAUCAGCAAGGUUAUGGUAAUCAUCAUAUUAAAAAAUCACAAAUUAUUGAAGCCUUUAAAGAUAUAAGAACAUGGUUAUAUUUUCUGUUUUCUGUUUGCUCCAAUAUUCCUAAUGGUGGUAUUACAAAUUUCAGUUCUAUUUUGUUAACUGGUGAUUUUGGAUAUACUUCCAAACAAAGUUUAUUAAUGAAUAUGAUUGGUGGUGCAGUGGAAUUUGGUGGUUGUCCGUUAUUCGGAUUAAUGUGUGCUUAUCUAGCACGUCGCAAUUUGAAAAAAAAUGGCAAAUGGAAAUACGGUUGGAUGGGUCAUAGAUUAGUCUGGGCAAUUUUCACUAAUAAUAUUAUUAUUGUUGCUACGUGUAUGUUAGCCUUUGCCAGUAAAGAUAAAAAAGCACGUUUGGCUGGUGUUUAUUUGAUUAGUUUAAGUCCUGUUUCAUUUAUCUGUAUUUUAUCAUGUGUCAGUUCCAACACUUUGGGUUACACUAAAAAAUGGACUGUUUCUUCAAUCAAUUUGAUGUCCUAUGCAGCUGCCAACAUCGCUGGUCCACAGACUUUUAUUGCCAAACAAGCUCCUGGUUAUCAAGGUGCUAAAGUUGCCAUGGUUGUUUGUUACGCUUGUGGUACUGUGGUUUUGUCUAUUUUGUAUAUGGUUAAUAUUAUGGAAAACAAGAAAAGAGAUAAAUUAGCAGCAGAAAGGGGGCCAGAAGAGGUUGUUGUGGAAAAUUUAGAAUUUGCUGAUCUCACAGAUUUUGAAAACCCUAAUUUCAGAUAUGCUUUAUGA